AAUCACGUAGCCAUUGACAGACAGAAGAAAAUCCUGUGUUUCCAUAGGUUACUUUCCAUAAGUUCCUUCCGUUCACAUCAUUCUCCCCAUAAUCCAAAACACUAUUUAAUUUGUUUCCAUUUUCUCUCCUGACAAUAUUCUGGGCAGAUUCUUUUCUUAUUCGCAUAUAAUUAUAAUAAUAUCAGAAAUAUCACCUCAAAAUCAGAUCAGUGAAAAGAUUUUUGUUGCAUUUCAAUACUAGUAAUAUAGAGAAGAGAAUGAAAAUGGAGGCUUGCAGGGUUUAUCAGAUUUUAACUUUACUUUCACUUGUACUUCUCUUUCCAGGGUCUUAUGCCUGGGGAUCUGAAGGUCAUUUCACAGUUUGUAAAAUUGCUCAGUCUCGCUUGAGUGAAGCGGCUGAAGAUGCUGUGAACCAAUUGCUUCCGGAGUCUGCAAACAAUGAAUUGGCGAAUGUGUGUUUAUGGGCCGACAAAGUGAAGUUUCGUUAUCAUUGGUCAAGUGCUCUUCAUUACAUUGACACCCCAGAUGAACUCUGCACUUACCAGUACAACAGGGAUUGCAAGGAUGAAGAUGGAGUGAAAGGAAGGUGUGUUGCUGGAGCUAUUAACAAUUACACCACUCAGCUUCUCACCUACAAUGACGCUUCAUCUGAAUAUAAUCUGACCGAAGCACUUCUGUUCCUUUCUCAUUUCAUAGGCGACAUUCAUCAGCCAUUGCAUGUGGGAUUUACUUCAGAUAGAGGAGGAAACACAAUUGAUGUCCACUGGUACACAAGGAAGCAAAAUCUUCACCAUGUCUGGGAUAGCAAUAUCAUUGAAACAGCUGAAGACAAGCUUUAUGAUUCAAAUAUUGAUGACUUUGUUGAUGCCUUGCAACAUAACAUUACGACUAAAUGGGCAAAUCAAGUGAAAAAAUGGGAAACCUGUAGCUUAAACAAGACGACAUGUCCGGACAUAUAUGCAUCAGAAGGUAUAAAAGCAGCAUGUGACUGGGCUUAUAAAGGCGUAACUGAAGAUUCAACACUAGAAGAUGCAUACUUCAACUCCCGUUUACCAAUAGUAAAUUUGCGGUUAGCUCAAGGCGGAGUUAGACUUGCAGCCACUCUCAACCGAAUCUUUGGAUGAACGAGUGCUUGUGGUUGGUCAGAAUGUAAGCAAAGCUUAAUAAAAUAUGGAGAUACACUGAUACAUCACAUGUUAAUCAGCUUCAUGCAUUGCUUGCAGAAAUGAGAAAAAUAUUUCUUGAAAGCAUUUUACCGUUC